CUCAGAGGUUUCUCCCUGUUAACAGUAUCUCGUCGGUGUCGAGGCACACGCUUCGAAAAGCGCAUGCUUCCUAUCUAAAUGUUCGCGCGUCGUGACUGUUGAGAAGCGGCAACGUUUUCUGUCGGAGCAGCUGGAGGUGAUAUUUCGUAAUUUGACAUAUCGAUAAUAAUAAAAUUUGUAUUCGAUAAUGAUAAAAUUGUUGGUGAAUAGCGAUAACAAUAAAGUAAAAAUAUAUAUAUAAUUAAUAAUAUAGCGGGAUAGCGGUAACAAUGAAGUUUCACGAACAGUCAUAUAUGAUGCGCGAACAUUUAGACGGGAAGCACGCGCCUUGAAUAUGCCCCGAUAUAUUUGCGCGCCAUAUUUCUGUCUUUCGCUUUAAAUUAAUUGUGGAGAAAAUAAUAAUGUUGAAAGUAUAGUUUAUCGAAAUAUAUGUAAGAUCAUCUAUUUAUCAUUCUAUGUAUAGAACACAUAUAGCUUUAUUAUUAAAUCGAUUAUAAAUUAAAUGAUUAAUAUGAUAUGAUUUUUUUUUUUUUUUGGUUGAUUUCUUUGUGAAUACAUUCGAUUCUGUAUUAGAUUCUAAUGAAUUAAAGUUCCUUGUGUUGAUUUCAGAGAGCGCCACAAAUAGAAUAUAUUUGGAGAAAAGUAUAUGUCAAAUUGUAAUAUUGUGUAAUCUGUCGCAGUUCGUUGACCUACUGUCCAAAUUUUCUGGAGUGAAUUUUCACUCUUUUGGAGUGAGAUUCACUCCAGAAAAGUUAGAGAGUUAAUUUAUAUUUAAAACGUAGAAUCAUGCCGUGAUAGGAACAGUUGCGCGUAAUAAAGAAGAAAAAAAGAAGUUUAUGUAUAGGAAUAUGGAUGGUGUAGCGUAAAGGAAGAUAGCGUAUUCAAACAAUUUCGGACUGCAGACAUGACGUCGUGUUUUCUGCACGAGGAGGUCAUCAGCGGGCAAUCGUCGACGGAAGCUCAUACGCAGAAGAUUCUAUGCGUGGGACGUGUUUGUCUCGACAUCGUUCAAACGUGUGUGCAAUUUCCAUCGGAAGAUUCCACUCAAAGAUGGCAAAGGGGGGGCAAUGCAUCCAAUACUUGCACUGUACUAUCAUUAAUAGGACAAUCGUGCGAGCUUCUGGCUUGCUUGUGCGCAGAUGAUCAUCUCAAUUUUCUGCAAAAUGAUCUGCGCAAAUAUAAAAUUGACUAUUCCCAUUGCCCUAUAAUAAAUGACAUUGGGUGUCCUGUCUCAACUGUUAUACUGAGUUCAAGCACUGGGUCUCGCACAAUUGUAUAUCACAAUCGAGGCUUACCCGAGUUGACGAUAAAAAAUUUCGAUGAACUGAAUUUAGAUGAAUAUAGCUGGAUUCAUUUUGAGGGAAGACAUAUAGAUGUAGCGUUACUUAUGAUGCAACGUAUACAGACUUAUAACAAUUCAUUAAAUCGUACGUGUGAUUCCGUUACCAAAAAUCGCAUGCCAAUUACAAUUAGUGUAGAAUUAGAAAGUCCCAGAGCAGGUCGUAGAAUAUUGGAUCUGCUGCCGUACGCUGACGUAACAUUUGUAGCAAAAGAUUUUGCUAAGCAUCUGGGUUUUAGUAAUAUGAGCGAAGUAAUACAUAACGUCGGUCAAAACGCUAAAGGAACCGUUAUUUGUGCUUGGGCGGAGGAAGGUGCAAUCGCUCGUACUCCGUGUGGCUCGAUAGUACAAUCGUCAGCUUUUUCACCCCAGAAGGUGAUUGAUACCUUAGGUGCAGGUGACACAUUCAAUGCAGCUGCUCUGUACUAUUUGAACAAAAGCAAAAUUGAGGCAAUGCACAAAUACAAGAAAGAGACAGUUUGCACGAAUGAUGAUAUUAAUCAAACGCAGGACAUCUCUGAUUAUGGCACUGCAGUUGAACGAGAUAUUAAGGAAAUUUUAGGUACAGGAAGUUUGGAAUAUAGUCGAGCGAAAUUUAUUAAUGAAACAGUUCUGCAACAGGCUAUUAAAUUUGCGUGCCGCAUUGCUGGCGCAAAAGUAGGAUUGAGAGGAUACGAUUGUCUUGAUGCAAUUUCCGAUGAUAUUUUACAAUCGAAUAUUUUAGAACAUUAGCAGAAUGUGUUUUUAUAUUAUUAUGGGAUUUUAAAUAAGAACAACAAUAUAGGUACAAUUUAUACAUUUUUUAAAUAUUUUAUAUAAUAAAAUAUAUAUUGUCUACAAAAUAAACGUAUUUGUAUACGCAUAUUUUAUCUGUACAUUAUUUUUAUGCGAUAUAAAUCAAAAUAAUUAUUACUUUAUUGUUUUAAUUAAAUAAUCAAAUUGUAUAUUAUAUGUAUAUAAAACGAAAAGUACAAUCAGAAUAUUUAGUGCGUAAAAUCCGCAAGGACAGCUUAAUAAUU